GUAAGCGCCUUACAAAAUGGAUUAAUACACAAACUAGAUCUAUAAACGAGAUUAUCGUGAUUAUUCUAAAUCUGAAACGAGUAAUAGAACACAAUGGGUUCACUUUUAAAGAACACAAUAUUGAAACAUCUUUCAAAAUUUGCAAAGAAUCUGUCCCCUGAUAAAAUCAACAUCAGCACUCUGAAGGGGGAGGGAGAGUUGUCCAACCUAGAGCUCAAUGAAACCAUACUCAUGGACCUGCUUGAUCUGCCCACAUGGAUGAGGCUUAGGAAGGCAUUCUGUAACAAAGUCAGCAUAAAGAUUCAAUGGACUAAAUUGAAAUCUCAGCCCAUUCGUUUAUUCCUAGAUGAGGUUGUUUUGGAGAUUGAGACGUGCUCAGAGCCACGGGAGCCCAACAGUGCCAGCCAGUUUGCCAACCAAAGGUCAGAAGGUCGCUAUGGUUUUGUGGACAAGGUCAUAGAUGGAAUCUAUGUCCAUAUCAACUCGGUUACUGUGCAGUUCAACUCACUGAAGUUCCAUGCCAAUCUGCAGCUGUCCAGACUGAAGGUAGAGAGUUUGACACCUAACUGGCAGGUGCCGACAGACAUCCGUCAGACCAGGAUACGCAGCGAGUCCACUGACGAGAUUCUCCUCUUUAAAGAAGUAGACUGGCAGACCACUCGUAUUGAAGCUAAUGCACGUGAAGAUGAGACGAGCCUUCCAUCCACUCCUCUGAGGUUGAUUGCCAACCAGUCUAAGAUCAGGAUUGUCCUCAAGAAGAAAUUAAGUGACUGCAGCUUGAUGUCAUCACGUGUCAUCUUCCUGCUGGACGACCUUCUCUGGGUGCUCACAGACACGCAGCUCAAGGCUGCCAUCCUGUACGCCAACUCCCUGCGAUCCAUCAUUGAGAAAUCUGGCGAACAGAGCAAAAGACUUGCAGCCCAGAAACUGCAGAAACAGACCUCAAGUUCAGCAGACCAGUUACUACUACAGCAGCAACAACAACAGCAGCGCCAACGCAGCGAGACCAACGAGGCCAAGCUGUUCCAGCGCUAUGAUGUCCUCACCACCUCAUACCAUCUCAUCACCAGCAGGGUGGACCUCCACCUGUGUGAUGAUACACCACUGGACAAAGAAUCAAGUCCGAAGCACAACAAGAGCAUCAACGGUGGUGCCAUGCAGGUUGUUUUCCAUCGUCUCUCCAUUGACUACUAUCCAUUCCACUAUGCAGAUGUGGAUUUAAUUUUGACCUCAGGUGGUGAGCGCAAGAACUGGUACCGGUACUCUGACAACCAAGGGUCCCGCAACUCUUGGGUACAGGAUCUCUUCACCCAGUUUCGAGAAGAAGCCAAAAAAGCCCGUGAAACAUGCAAGGUGGUCUCCCCAUCUCAGUCACCUGCUCACACCCUUAAAUCCCCGUCCCACCAGCCAAGAUCUCUCUCAAAUCCAGCUGCCAACCAAAACCAGUCAACAAGGAGUGGUCGACCUCCCCCUGCUCAAGUUCAAGGUCAUUCAACCCUAAGCGCAAGUAGGCCAAAAGUUACAAAACUCCUUGAAAGUUGCAUGGUUCUUAAAAUUGAAGAUUUCAUAAUCUACAUGGUGUCUACUGUGAACAACAAGAAGGGGACUCGUGGAAGUUCACCGCAGAAGUUUCUCAGCUCAGACAAGAAGGUGCUUCACCUGCCUGCAGACAUGUCCAUGGUUCAUAUUGAAUACACCGACUAUUUCUUCACUGAGGGGAUUGAUUAUCCAGUGCCCCAUGCCAACCUGUACAUCCUGGUGAACCCUGUGCGGCUACAUGUGGACUUCCUCACCAUUCUGUGGGCCAACUACUUCUCUCUCAACCUCCUGCAAAGUGUGGAGAGUCAGCAGGGAGAUCUGGAACGACAGUUGGAGCAUGUGGAUGUGAAACUGGAAGCACUGAUGCCUAGGCUGGUUGUGUCCAGUGAGGAAAAGGUGUCCAACCAGCCGGACAGGCCUGAGUCCCUGCAGAUCCAGUUAUCUAAGCUGACAGCAUCCAACACUCACUCUGAGUCAGGCUUCACUCUGGACAACCUCAAGACCAUACUCGACAGCUAUGCAGAUUGCGAUAUGUUUCACUCUGGGGACUUCCCAAACAAUCAUGACAACAAGCUCACAUCCAUACCUCAGAUUUUCUACGACUUUGCCAAUUCUCGGGUGAAUCCCUUUCUCUGUGAAUACGCCUUUGAUCUGGUGCGCGGCCAGUUACCGGAUGGUUUAAAUGGGAUGGACAGUUUGGAGGAGUCCAUUAAAGUGUUACUGAAGACAAAUACAUUAAAACGAGACAUGCGUUGUGAUAUAUGGACAGUGUCUGUAGACCAGGUAUGGCUGGAGUUUCUGGGUGUUCCCACUAGCAGGACACGGCCUGUACCUUUUGUGGAGUCCUUCCCUCUAACACUUUGGCUGUGUCAGCCCUCUCAGAUACCAGAGGGAGUGGUGCUGCCUAAGCACAAGUGGGCCAAACCCGUACAGGUGACAAGUGAGCCAGCCGUGGAAAGAGAGAGCCGUAGAAGCAGGAAGCUGUUGAAGCAGUAUUACUCAGACAGUGGGGAGGACUCCAGUACCACCGACUCGACGAGCGAGGCUGGUAUAUCAAGGUCUCAGUCACUUAGUAGCUGUGAUAAUCUUUCUGAAAAUGUGCAAUAUACCUCCCUUCAAGUCGCAGACUUCAAUUUAGUCGCCAAAAUCGGCAGCAAAAUACGAGCUCAGCUUAGCCAGCCCCAGUACUUGUUCCUGAUGCGUCUGGCUGACUCCCUUACCAACUUCCAGCUAGAACUCAAUGCAGACAUGGAGGACUGUUCAAAGAAUUCUUCCCAAUCCGCUGCAAAAACAUUUUCCAUCCCUUUAGUGAUUCCUGAUCUGGAGUUUGCCAUGGUGUGUCCCUAUAUAGCAGAGUUGCUUCCCUUGAGUAACUCUGCUGACCUUUUGAACUCUCCCACCGAGGCAUGUAUUCAAGGGAGUGAGGUCUACCACGUGGAAAUGGAACCUUCCGGUGAGGGGAUGGGGUACAAUCAGGGGUAUCCAGAGACUCAUGGUGAAAUAUAUGAGAGAGCCUUACAGGACCAGUAUCUUCAAGUGAAAUACAAUGAACAAGAUAUGGCGCCACAGGUAGAGAUAUCUAGCUACCCCAUAGACAGCUGCAUUCCCCACUCCCUGAGUGACUCUACAAUCAUGCUACACAGCCAGACAGGGGACAGCUUGCACAACCUCUCAGGUGUCCCCAAAGACGCUCAUUCCUCAGAGGACCUCGUGAAGAACCUGGACUCCACCCCUCAUAAUAUCAGCCAAUUGGCUGUCAGCGACUCAGGCCUCUCUUCUCUAGGGUCAAGCCAGCAAGGUCAGAGGUCAAGAUCAAACAGCAAACUGACUCCGACUUCUGUGAAAAAUUCACUUUCCUCGGGAGUGAGCAACAUUUCCAACUUCAUGGGGAAAAUAAAGAACAAGCUCGACCCCGAUGAGAUUGAUGAUGACAGCAUAUCCAUCAAGACAGACACGUCAGAUGAUGACUUUGAUUUUGUGAGUGUCGAAGAAAUAGAAGCGCCGGCCUUCAACCAUUCCCGUGUGUCUGAGACUGCAUCCAGUACGGAUACUGAUGAUCGGUCCAGUGUGUUUGCAGAAAGCACAUCUGCAUCAAAGGCUAAAGAACUGGUUUCUGUUGUGGUAUUCCGUCUGUCUGGCUCAGAGAUUUCCAUACAGACAGAGGGAGAGGACAUGUUCUUCUGUCUUCAGACCCGCGCCAUUGACUGUGAGGAGACAGGCAACAUUGUCUAUGAGGACUUCUACAACAAGCUGUCCUCCAAUGGAGGUAUCAUCCGAAUCCCAGCCAGCACACAGCCCAGGGUCUAUCCCAUCAAGUUCAAGAUGACUAUGGGCCCCACUGCAGGAAAGCUGGUCCCUAAAGGGGCAGAAUUGGGGCUGAUGGAGGUGUCUGCAAGGGACACUGGGUUCACAUUCCGCAUGUCCAGUCUACUGAAUAUGGGUGCCUUUGCACAGGACGAGAAGGUGUCCACUCCCAUACCCAUGCAGAUUACAGUGAAGAAUUUCAAUCUCACACUUGUUGAGGACAGACCACCCCCUGUGAAUGUUGUGAAACCACCAGAAGUCCCUCCUGUGCAGGUCAAUAUUCAGGACAUGUUCAUACUACGUCUUGACGAUGGAGAAUUCCGUAUAUCAACAGGUAUAAGCGAGUCUUUGUUUUCGAAAGAAACAAUUUCAUCAAUUAUUCCUAAUGGCCUUGAGAGUUUGACCAGGAAUAAAACUCCAGCCCCUGAUAUUUCAGCAAACCAGGACUCUGAUACUUCUGAGAAACUGAGAAAACUUCAAAAUGAAAAUGCACAAAUGAAAAUCUUGUUGACAAAACUUGAUAAUCAUACACAGAUGCAAGAUAGGCAAAUUGAAGAUCUUGAAAAGGCUAACAAAGUGAAUGAAGAAAUUAAACUAAAAAACAAAGAAUUCACAAGUAAGCUGCUAAAUGAAUAUGAGGAUUCUAGACGGGCUAGAAAUGAACUUGAAAAUGACAAUGCUCAGUUAUGUGAGAAAGUAGUGAAUCUAGAAGAGGAGGUGCAUAAUCUGACACUGGAGAAGAAUUCGUUGCUGUCAACGCUGCAGCUGAUGCAAGAUGAGCUCCUAGUGUCAGAACAGCAAAGGAAGCCCUCUGGCAGCCCUAGGACACACUCAUAUCAGUGAUUUAUGACAUACUGAACACAGAUACCUGCAACUCUGAUGGCUGUAGAGCACAUGCAUCAGUUACAGAAAUGUCAAAAACAACGACAGCAUGCUUUCCCAGCUUUUGGGUACCUUAAGGCAGCUAUAGUACAGCUGAAGCCAAAAAUAAUGAUUUCUUAUACAGAAAUCAGAUUUGUUAUUUAGCUUGUUGACUUGUGAGUCUUUAAAGGGGCCUUUUC